CCGGUUAAUAUUUCUGUAAAAGCUUCGUCUUACAUAUACAGCGGUGGGUUCCCGCCAUUAAUGCUCUGACCUCGACCACCCUCCAACUCCCCCAUAUAUCUACAGCUAGCCCUCACAGGUAGAGCAAUGAGCUCGAAGAGAUGGGCGAAAUGGCUGGAGAAGGUGAAGCGCCACAGCAGCCUGGGGCUAUCUUGGUCUGGGAAGACUUGACGGCGGUUGUGGCCAAUCCCGGAGCCCGGAAGCCGGUGAGGAAGCUGCUUCAGGGGCUUAGCGGCUAUGCCUUGCCUGGUCGCUUGUUGGCAAUCAUGGGUCCAUCUGGCUCAGGGAAAUCUACUCUUCUGGACUCCUUGGCAGGGAGAUUGGGGAGAAAUGUUGUGCUGUCGGGAAGUGUGCUGCUCAAUGGGAAGAAACGGAGGACCGAUUACGGUGUUGUUGCCUACGUGACGCAAGAAAAUGUUCUUCUGGGAACACUGACUGUUAAAGAAACCAUAACAUACUCGGCACAUUUAAGGCUUCCUUGUAGCAUGACCAAGAAGGAGAUAGAAAAAGUUGUGGAAACAACAAUCGAGGAGAUGGGCCUGGAAGAUUGUGCAGAUGGACUAGUAGGGAACUGGCAUAUGAGGGGUAUUAGCGGGGGAGAGAAGAAGAGGCUCUGCAUAUCACUGGAACUUCUUACAAAACCUCCUAUUCUCUUCUUGGAUGAACCCACUAGUGGACUUGAUAGCGCAGCAGCUUUUUUUAUCAUCCAGGCGCUUAGGCAGAUGACUCGUGAUGGAAACAAAACCAUCAUUUCCUCCAUUCACCAACCAAGCAGUGAAGUUUUCGCACUCUUUGAUGAUUUGUACCUUUUGUCAGGUGGAGAAACUGUGUACUUUGGAGAUGCAAAGCUGGCUACUAAGUUUUUUUCAGAGGCGGGCUUUCCCUGUCCUGUCAGAAGGAACCCAUCAGAUCAUUUUCUUCGAUGUAUUAACUCUGAUUUUGACCGUGUGAAUGCUACGCUAAAAGGAUCAAUGAAGCGUAUUACAGAGGAUGAAUCUUCUUCGGAUCCCCUGUUGAGAUUAGGAACGAUGGAGAUCAAAGCAUUGCUUAUCGAUAAAUACAAAAGCUCAGAGUAUGCUAUGAUGGCUAAAAGGAAGAUUGCAGAGAUAUCCAAGAUUGAAGGCUUCACGGUGGAAUUUCUUAAGGGCAGUCUGGCUAGCUGGUGGAAGCAGCUCAGAACAUUGACAAGUAGAUCUUUUAUCAACAUGCGCAGAGACAUUGGCUACUAUUGGUUGAGGAUCAUAAUCUAUAUAGUUGUAUCUCUCUGUGUUGGUAGUAUAUACUUUGAUGUGGGGACAAGCUACACUGCUAUACUGGCCCGGGCCUCUUGUGGAUCAUUUAUUUCUGGCUUCAUGACCUUCAUGUCCAUUGGUGGUUUUCCAUCCUUCCUGGAAGAAAUGGUGGUUUUUUAUCAUGAAAGGAAAAAUGGACACUAUGGUGUAGCUGUAUAUACCCUAUCAAAUUUCCUAUCAGCUUUUCCUUUCUUGGUUGCAGUUUCCAUUGCUACAGCAAGUAUCACCUUCUUCAUGGUGAAAGCCCACAAUGAUUUCCCUCACUAUGCUUACUUCGCCAUCAGUAUCUAUACUGGCAUUGCCAUAGUCGAAAGUAUAAUGAUGGUUGUGGCAUCUGUUGUUCCCAAUUUUCUGAUGGGCAUUGUUGCUGGAGCUGGAAUCAUGGGAAUUGUCAUGAUGACCGCUGGAUUCUUCCGUUUGCUUAGAGAUCUUCCCAAGCCCAUAUGGCGAUAUCCAAUUUCUUACAUGAACUAUGGUGCAUGGUUGCUUCAGGGAAAUUACAAGAAUGACUUCAUUGGCGCAACCUUUGAUCCUCUGGUGCCUGGUGAUCCAAAAUUGUCAGGAGAAUUUAUUCUAUAUGAUACCUUUGGGCUUACCUUGGACCAAUCAAAGUGGAUAGACUUGUUGAUAGCCGUUAUAAUGCUCAUAGUCUAUAGGAUUCUCUUCUUUCUCAUUAUCAAAUUCAAGGAGAGCACCACUCCUUUCUUCAGAGAGCUCAAUGCCAAAGUUACAAGUCUAAGGAAACCUUCCUUCAACCUGAGGAAAAAUUCCUUCUCAUUAUCAAAUGGUACUCAGCAUCCAAUGGCUCUACAAGAAGGUCUGAGCUCUCCACUUCCAUGACAAUUUUACUACACUGCCAAACCUUCCAUACCUUAAAAAAGGAGAAAAAAAAGGAGAGAUAAAUAAAUCUUGUGAUUUAAGAAGCAUUAGGGUUAUAUCAUAUUGUGAUUGUAUAAACUGUGUAAUGUUAAAUCCGUGUACUUUUUAAAUCCAUUCUUGCUCCUGUAUUUUAUGCGGAGGUCGGACCCAGCUCACAUUCAGAGGCAAAUCAGGUGCAGCCAUGUCAGCAGUAUCGAGUAGUAUCAAACCGCGGUACACCGCAAAGGGGUGAUGUGGCGCAUUCUGGUUGGUCUUCGGACGACAUUCGGCGUCCGACAUUCGGCGUCCGCACAUAAUAAUUAAUCUUAUUUUAGAGGAGCAUUACUGAUAAAUUUACCUCUCUUUUUUUCAUUGAUUGGUUUAUGAUAUCUUAGAAUAUUCAUAGGCUUGAUGUUUGAAAGGGUCUUUGAAUAUGGCCAUAUGGGCGAUUUGUUUAUGCUGAUGAGAGAAGAUUCAUUAGGGUUUCUAUUCC